AUGUCCAAAACUGAGUCUAUAUUUACCGAUACCAAUGACCACCAGUAUUUUAAGCCUUAUCCACAUUGUCUUGUAUCAGUUUCUUACCGUUAUCGUCAUAAUCGUCUCAAUAAUAUUAACCGUCGUAAUCGUCCUAAUCGACUUGAUCUGCUCGUGAUGGUCAUAGUGCCCGCAAUGGUCGUAGUGCUCGUAAUGCUCGUAGUAGUCGUAGUGGUUAAUUCUACAUGUAAUAAACAAUACAGAAAUUUAAUGGUCGUAAUGGUCGUAAUGAUCGUAAUCGUCUUAAUUGCCGAAGUGGUCGUAGUGGUCGCAGUGGUUAUAAUCGUCAUAACGAAUUCUGCAUCAAAUAAACAAUACAGAAAAUUAAUGAUCGUAAUGGUCAUUAAUGGUCGUAUUCGUUGUAUUUGUCGUAUUCGUCCUGAUGGUCGUAAUGGUCUUAACUGUCUUAUAAUUAUACAUCUAGGUCGUAAGGUCGUUAUCGUGGUUAUCUUUGUAAUCGUCUUUAUCGUCUUAAUUGUUGUAACUGUUGUAGUGGUAGUAACUGUUUAUGGUCGUAAUCGUCGUAAUCGUCGUAAUCGUCGUAAUCGUCGUAGUGGUCGUAAUUGUUGUAGUGGUCUAAUUGUUGUAAUCGUCGUAUUCGUCAUAAUCGUCGCAAUCGUCGCAAUCGUCGUAAUCGUCGUAAUCGUCGUAAUCGUCGUAGUGGUCGUAAUUGUUGCAGUGGUAGUAACUGUGUUAGAAUUCUAA